AGGGAAUCAAUCCUUGAGACCAGUGAUCUACGGGAACGAGUCCGAUCAAGUGAAAUACGCGCGGGGUAACUGCAAGAUAUCCCUAAGAGACGUCGGGUGAAUAUGUCGGUUUUGGUAUCCGGUUGGCAUUAGGGUCGGAUGCACUCCCGUUGCCUCGUAUAUAACACAUUCACUUCUCACGUCUGGGGUGUUUUCAAAGUCACUGUCGGUCAGCUUGACUACUUUUGAUAGAAAAUGCGUAUCACCUCAAUCACAGCCUUCAGCUACAAAGCCAAAUACAACCAUGGCGUCUACACCAUGUCCGGCGGUCGCACCAGCGACGGUCAGCCAUCUCUCGUUAUCCAAAUCCGCACAGACAGCGGCAUCUCAGGCUGGGCCGAGAAUGCCCCGCUGGGCAGCGAUUACCUGCCCAGCUCGUAUACCGGCGAAAUCGCAGCGCUGAAGGAACUCGGCCCGAAGAUCAUCGGGCUCGAUCCUCGGGCGCCAGCAGCGAUUGGGGCCGUGAUGGACCGGGCGAUGAUGUCGGGGAUGGCGGCCAAGUCGGUCAUCGAUCUGGCUUGCUGGGAUAUCUUGGGGAAAUCUGUAGGCUUGCCGACGCAUGUUCUACUUGGUGGCUGUCUCAGUCAGGAACUACCUGCGUUUGCAGUCGUUGGGUUUGCAGAGAUCCCCACCGCUAUCCAGAAGACAAAGGAUGAACUGGACAAGGGCGUGACUGCUCUGCAACUCAAAGUCGGCGAUGAUCCUCUUGUCGAUGCGAGCAGGGUUCGAGCCAUCCGCGAGGUUCUCCCGGAAAGCGUCGAAGUAUGGGCCGAUGCCAACGGCAGCUGGAACCUCGAGCAGGCGCUUAUCUUCGCCCGCGCUUUAGGACAGGACAUCACCAUCGCAUUAGAACAGCCCUGCCGGUCUCUUUCCGACUGCGCAGAAGUAGGCCGUCGCACCGGCCUACCCAUCAUCCUGGACGAAUGCGUCUUCACAAUGGCGGAUAUCACAACCGCUCACGCAGCAGGAAUCACAGGGGUGAAUAUCAAGCUUUCCCGCGUGGGAGGUCUCACCAAGGCGCGCAUUCUGCGUGACGCUGCUGUCGGUCUGGAAAUGAUGGUUACUGUCGAUGAUACCUGGGGUUGUGCGCUGACGACCGCGCAGAAUCUGCAGUUGGCUGCUUCGACAAGGCCGGACAGACUGCGUGCUGUUGACUGCUUCGCGGAGUGGACGAACCCGCUUAUCGCGGAGAUUCCUCGUAUGCGGGCAAAUGGUCGUAUUGUCCCUACCUCGCUGCCUGGGAAUGGAUUCGGGGCUGUCAAUGUUGAGGUUCUAGAGCCAUUGUUUCAUAUCCAUCCAGAAUAGACAUGGGUGGUGAGCUUAAGUUGUUGGAUAUAAUUCCUUAUGAUCAGAGUGUGAUGUGUACAUAAACAGACCAGUCCAUCCAAGUAAACAUCAUUACCCCCC